UUGGAUACCGGAGGAGUUGACGAGUACAAAAUCUUCAUCGGCAAGUUCAAAACCGUUUUUGGAGGACACGGGGUUUUUGAUAGGGAAUUUUCGAGUUUGAAUGGUCGGAAGCCAUUGCAAAGACCUCCUCCUGAAGGUGGCCCGUUAGAGUUUUUUGAAAUUUAUCUGACUUGCAUGGGCCGCACACUCGGAUGUAGGAUUCUAAAAUCAGAUCUGUAUCUUUUUGCUUUCCGGCCGACGAACAGUAAGUGGACCUCAUUUUUGGGAUGGUUUGAUGCAUCGAAAUAUAAGAUUGGCAAUCUCGAUCAGGUCAACAUGGAUCUUAUCGAACACGCAAAAAUUAGUUCCCCGACUCUUGAGAAGGACGCAGUGAAGAGAGGAAAACUUCUUUUGUCUAAGAGUAGUCUCAGAAAUGCUGUUACGAGAGGAUCCCCGGUUGCCAUGAGUACGAGUGAUUUUUCUUUGGUAUCGGUUGUUAAGCAACCAAGUAAUGUGGAUUUCGAAAACGUGGGGACGGUUAGUAGAGCGUUCUGCACAAUGGACAUCGUUGAUCAGCUUAUCAUGAAGGACGAAGCCUCUUCAAGUCAGCUCCAUGUGACACCACUGAUAUCACCACCAGAACGUUUUGCUAACAAGUUAGGCAUUCUCGCCCCUCACCUUUUCGAAAUCCACACCACUUGUUAUUCUGCUCAUCCAAGAGCUCAUCGGUUAGCUGAAUUCCAUCCGCAUCAAAACCAAAACAAAUUGCUUGAAAAACUGAAGGUAAACGGAUGGCCUUCGGCACCAUCAUGCAAAUGCCGGAAAAAGCAAGACGCUGAAGAUAGAGUAUGGCACGAUAACGACGACGACCUAUAUUAUGAAGGCGAUAGCGACAGCGAUCUCGAAUCAGAUGAAAAGUUCAUGAGCAUUAACGAAAAGGUCGAGGGAGGUUGCUGGAAAACACCUGAAUCGCCGAUGGUCGGAGCCGAGAAGGAAGGUUUCGGAUCCGAGAAGGAAGAUGGUGACAGAGAGUGCCUCAAGAUACCUCUCUCUCUGUGUGCCAAGAACGAGCACGGAGCCCCGUUUAAAGGGUUGCCCGUUUUCGAAUUGUACAAGACCAUUUUACGGCGCAAUCGUGACACUGAUCUCCAAGCAGAUAUCAUCAAUCUCGAGUGUGGUAAGAACAUUAUUGCCCUCCUUCCGCUGUCGGGACCCAAUCCCCGACCUCCCUUGUGUGAGGACAAUUUCCUUAAUCUGGAUUUUACUAUCCAGAUUUGCGGUCAGGAUAUAUUUUCUGUUGGGCAUGAACACGAGGACAGCAGCCUAUUUCCAGCUUGGGCCGACGUGGAGGUUAGGCUGCUGGAUUACAGAGGUGGUGGGAGGGUUUCUGGCUUGAUUGUUGCCCGUUCUUGCAUAUUCUACUCGAGGAUUCGUUUGCUCACGGUCGAACGGCCAGAUGAGAAGAAGAAGGGCGUGAUGAUUCGGAGAGGAGGAGGUGACGAGCAGGGUCAAGUGGGAUCCGAUGGAAAGAUUAAACUUAUGAGGUCGGUGGUGACGAUCCCGUCCUAUUCCUCCCUCAUCAUUGGGGCCUUGCUGUACGAAGGAGAUGGCGGUGGGCGUAUUUGCCGUGGAAAGACUUGUUUUCCGGCUAAGGAGAAGGGGAAGGAAAGCAAGCUCAUUGUCUAUAAUGGCAGGCCCACACUUGAAGUUAGUGUCAAGUGGAAAUGCAGAGUCUAG